UUGAUAAAUUUUUAUUUAAUUGUAUUUUACAAAUGCUCGUAAUUUAAUGCAUUGUCCAAGUAUAUAAGAGUAAUACUCGAAAGAAUCAUUUAUUCGUCUUGUAGAUUUAACCGGAACAUAUACUACGAUUGUGAGAUGUAACGUGACUUAAACGUUGUUGAACGUUCCUUUUUCCGAGAGAUCACGAUAUGGAAGAGUGGGAAGAAUUCUUCAUAAUAUUCCGGGACCAAAUGCAUACCCUAUAAUCGGAAGUUUACAUCAUUUUUUAAUUGACAAUGAAAAUAUCCUUGCAAAACUUUGGGCAUUAGAUGCAAAAUUUUAUCCAAUUUACAAGUUAUGGUCCUUCUGGUACUGGGCAGUAAGUUUACUUCAUCCGGAUGAUAUUGAGGUACUUAUGAGAAGCACUAAACAUAUUGAAAAAAGUCUACCUUACAAGUUCUUGAAUCCUUGGCUGUCUACUGGGUUGCUAACCAGUGGAGGUGAGAAAUGGCAAACACGUCGAAAGAUAUUGACACCAGCCUUUCACUUUAAUAUCUUGAAACAUUUCGUUGUCACUUUAAACGAUGAAGCACGGUAUCUUGUAAUGUCUUUAAAAGAGGAAGAAAAAGGAGGUUCUGUAGUUAAAGAUUUACAAGAAUUUAUCAGUCAUCAUACACUUAACAUAAUAUGUGAAACAGCUCUUGGUACAUCUUUGAAAGGCAGAGGUGAAUUAGAAUCUAAUUAUCGUGAUGCGGUUCGUAGUUUCAGCAAUAUCAUAGCUAUUAGAUAUGUGAGACCUUGGAUCUAUCCCGAUAUUAUAUUUGAAUUUUCUUCAUCUGGUCGAUUACAAAGAAAACUAUUGAAAACGUUGCACGGUUUUUCCAAAAAAAUAAUUUCCGAAAGGAUACAAUUCCAUGAAGAAACUAAUGGAAAAUAUUUACAUAAUAAUGAAGAAAUGGAUGAGAAUGAAAUCUCUUGUGAAGAGCGCGUGAAUGAUAAUAAAAAUCCGUUGUUCAAAAAGAAACUUGCUCUGCUUGAUCUGCUUAUAUCCGCUUGUGUGAAAGAAAAUAUAAUCGAUGAGAAAGGCAUCCAAGAAGAGGUCGAUACUUUUAUGUUUGAGGGUCACGAUACUACUGCAGCGGCGUUGUGCUUUGCAUUGAGUCUUUUUGCAAAACACAAAGAUGUCCAGAAACGUAUAAGAGAAGAAGUUAACACAGUUAUGCAAGAAAACUAUAAUUUGACGAUUCCGAUGAUUCAAGAAUUUUCGUAUUUAGAGAGAUGUUUGAAAGAGUCACUUCGUUUAUAUCCAAGCGUUCAUCUUAUAUUUCGUCAUUUGACACAGGAUAUGCAACUAAAAAAUUAUUUAAUCCCGGCUGGCUCGAUGUGUCAAAUAAACAUCUAUAAUAUCCACAGAAAUCCACAAUAUUGGCCAAAUCCCGAAGUUUUUGAUCCCGAUAGAUUUUUGCCAGAAAAUUUGAAAGGCUGUCAUCCUUAUUCCUAUAUCCCAUUUAGUGCUGGACCAAGAAACUGUAUCGGUCAAAGAUUUGCAAUGCUCGAGCUAAAAGUAAUAGUAGCUUAUAUAUUGCAUAACUAUCAUUUGGAACCGGUUAGUAAUCUUGAGGACGUAAAAAUGUUGGAAGAUAUUACACUGCAUUCGACCAAGCCUCUUCAAGUUAAAUUUAUACCAAUAUAAUAGGAUCUUUCUAGAAAUCAUUUUCUUCAAAAUGUACUCAGUGCAUUUCUUGGUAAUUUGUCGAGAAUAUGUGUCACAGAGAUAGAUAGUUAUAAGCAACGUUGUACUUGAUAAACAGUUUAAAAAUCCGUUGUGAUUCGAACAACAAUCUACGACAAGUAUAGAGAGAAAAAAGUAGAGAGAAAAAAGUUAUUAUUGAGAGAAUAGAACGUAGUUGCGUUGUUUUUAUUCUCGUUCUGGAAGAAUUAAACAAUUGAUCGGUCCAGUUUUGAUGAUAGAAAUGAAUUGAAAAAAUAGAAAAAAUUGAAAUGUAAUCUUCACAUUAUAUAGAAGACUGUUCUUGAAGUGUGAAAUAAGAUGAGCGACAUAAAAUCAAAAAUGAAAUUGAAUUAACAUUAAUAGAAUCGAAUGACAACGAUUCGAAAAUAUUUACGUAUAUGUUCUAUACAUAAGUCCUAAAAAAUUACAGUUAUGCGAAUAAAUAUUAAUGGAAGAAGAAUAGGAGAAAGAAACUGGGUGACGAAACUAUAAUUUCAUAAAUGGGAAAGUUUCUAUCGCAAGAUGUCUUUAACUUAGAUAUAACUGUCACUUUUUUACGAGGUUAUCAUAUCUGUAUAAGUUAUCAUACUAACCAUUAAUUCACGAUUCAAAAAUGUCGUUUCUCUCAUUCUUUCUAUCAUUCUUUCCUCCACUUUCUCUCUCUUUCUCUCUUAUCUCUCUCUUUCACCCUCUUUCUCUUUUUCUUUCUCUUUCUCUCACUCACUCUAUCUUCUUAUCUUUCACCGUUUCAUUGGAUUAAAAAGAUUUUAAUUUUUAAUUAAUGAAAUCUUAUAGAUACCUAAUUGUUAUUUUUAUAUAUUCUUUAUAAAUAAAAUCAUCGAUAUAUUCGAUUUUAACAUGGAUUUGAAUAAGAUAUCUCCAAUUCUGAUCGAUGUCUGAUCACAUCUUAAAGACCAUUGAUAUCUGCAUCAAAUAAGUGUUGAUUUAUAAAAAUACAUUACUGUUAUCCGUCAAGCACAUUUAUCGUAUUUCUUACCAGAUUAGUGUAUUUAAAAAAGAAACGUUCAUAGAAUAUAAACACAGAUCUAAAAAUAUCAAGAGCCGAAAUUUUCACGAUUUCACACUAUAAAUCAUGUGUUAUUUAAAUCUAGAAUCAAUUGUAAUUUUUAAUACACAUUUGUACACAAGUAUAUCAAUAUACAAGGCUAAUGUUCUUUUAAUAUUAUCUAUUAUUCCUGGAGAAUUAUUCAUUUCAUGUUACAACGAAUCAAUGAUCGAACGUGUCUUAAGCAGUAAUAUUUUCGAGAGUAAAUGCGAAUUCUAUAAAUGUAGUAUAAUAAUCUUUUUGUUUCAUUGUUAAAUAUUAUAGCAAGUUUUCCUUAAUAUUGAUACGUGUGAAGGUGUGCCUUUUUUAAUAGAUCAAACGAAUAAAUGAAAGUGAUUUAAUUUUGUAUUAAAGAUAAUGGUUGGAUUGUUUUCAAACGAUAUCGUCUUUAAUGAACAGUUAAAUAUUUCGACUUUGGGGGCUCAAUAGUUGUCGAAUGUAUAGUAUAUUUAGAUAUAAAUAAUGCCCAAUAUAUGUGUAUACGUAUUGUAAAAUGCAUAAGAAUACGUUCUGUUUUGGUACAGAGAGAGAAGAAGAUUUUCAGACCCACGUUUUAUUCAAGUAUUAAACGCACUCUAGAUUUAUAUAGUAGAGUUUGCUAUGGACGAAAUUGUAUUCCACACCUCUUCGUCCGAUUACUAGGUUGUACCCUUACUAAGUACAAAUCUCAUCACAUU